CGACGAGGCCCCAUGCUCAUGCGGAGUGGGCGGACCGAGCUGGACUGGAGGCAGUAGUGGACGGAUGCGGAUGCGAGAGACGGAUCUUCCAGACAUAGAGUGACCGAACAGCACAAGAGGGAGUGAUGUCGUCUGUGGAAUGUCAGUCAUGUCGAAACAGUGAGCACCGAGCUGCUGCUGCAGUGCACCGGUCGCAGGUCAGGUGGUGUGGUAUGGUGGGGUGGGGGUGGGGGCGAGCGCAACGAACAAACAACUUUAGGAGAAAGAGCCAGAUCGAGGAGCAGGAAAAGAUAAUAAUGCACAGGGAUGGGAAUGGCAUUGUGCAAAUCGACAAAAGCUGGCUUUUACGAGCUGAAUUUAGCCGUCAGUCAGCUGGGGCGGGCACGGCCGGCGAGCCAUGGAGUGGUUUUUUGUUCAGCCUGCUACAGGUCGCCAUCGGUGACAGGCGCUCAGAUCGAAUCAGACCCGCCGGACAGCAGCCACAGAGGGGCGAGAGACAGAGGGACAGAGAGACAGAGAGCGAGAGCGCAAGGGGGAGUGAAAGAGCCCAGAUCUGCGUCGAUCGAAGAGACAGAGAGACGGACAAGUUGACUCUGUUUCGUUGCGCGCAAGCAACGAUCUGCUUUUUUUUCCUCUGCAUGUUCUGCUGGAAACAGUGGCGAUCGGUGGAUCGAUCGAUAUUGGUCGUCGAGGUCUCGGUCGUAUAGUCCACGAUGAGGAGUCGGAAAUAGAAAUCGAUCGCUCGAGGGGCGAUCGGAUUGGUCGGGAGCGCGAGUCCUGAUGGCGAGCGAGAAAGCCUCGGUGCUGCUCCUGAACUUGGCGGCAAUGGUGGAGCGAGCUGACGAAGCACUGCUGCCUGCUCUGUACGCCGAAGUCUCGGCCGAUCUCGGUGUGGGACUCCCGGCAUUGGAGUGGAUCACGUUCGUGAGAGCUUUGGUGCAAGCAUUGGCAGCACCGAUGGCAGCCUACUUAGCCUUGCGCCAUAACCGAGUGCACAUCGUUGCUGCCGGGGCGUUCUGUUGGGCUCUAGCUACGGCUUCAGUGGCAGUUUCGACAUCCUUUUGGCAGGCAGCAUUAGCAAGAGCUUUGAAUGGAGUUGGUCUUGCCAUUGUUGCUCCAGCCAUCCUGUCCUUGGUGGCGGACUUCACCAGGGAUGAGUCACGAGGUGUGGCUUUUGGAUGGCUCUAUGGAGCUGGACAAAUAGGCUCAGUGGCUGCCGGAGCUUUUGUGACACUUAUGGGUUCUCAUACAGUGAUGGGAAUUGGAGGAUGGAGGGCCGUAUUUAUAUGCAUGUCUCUCUCGAGCAUCCUGAUGGGACUGGCCAUUUUUACUCUGGGUCACGAUCCUCGAGCAAAUCAAGAGUACAGUCAGAUUGGAGAGAAUUAUCAUGCGAAAUCUGUCGAAAGCCAAGGAGCAGCGGCGAAUGUUGAAGAGUUCAUACAAGGGUCCAAGCUCGUGCUGAAAGUGAAGACGUUCCAGAUUCUUGUGGUCCAGGGAGUUUUGGGCAGACUGCCUUGGCACGCAGUAGUGUUUCUGGCUCCAUGGAUGAGACUCAUCGGAUUUAGUCACAGUGCCGCCUCUCAUGUGGUUUCAUUGUUGUUCAUUGGCAGUGCUUGUGGUUCAGUAGUUGGUGGAUGGGUUGGAGACAGGGCAGCCAGAUGGUCUCCUAACAAAGGACGCAUCAUCUGCUCACAGUUCAGUGCAGGAAUGGGCAUCCCACUGUCAGCUGUUCUUCUGAUAAGAUUUCCUACGGAUACUGGGUCUCUCUGGACGUAUGGAUCUAUGAUUUUCACUCUUGGAUUCCUCAUAUCAUGGAUAUUACCAGCUACGAGCUGGCCCAUAUUCUCAGAGGUUGUCCCAGAGGAGCUUCGCACGACUAUAUUUGCGAUAGACUUGGCAAUUGAGAAAUUCUUCUCUGCUUUCUCUGCUCCUCUCGUGGCAUUUGUAGCUAAAAGGUUAUUUGGCCACAGAAACAUGAAAGCCACAGUUGAGGACGAUGAGUUCAAUUCCAGCGCUCUUGGUAAAGCCUUCUUUGCUUGCAUAUCCGUUCCAUGUGUCUGUGUCAUUCUGAUCAUGUUCCUUGUCUAUGUCACGUAUCCCAAAGAUAGAGAACAAGCUAAGAACGUCAAGGCUUUGGCAGAUGAAAUCAGGGCCUUGGAAAUGGGUGAAAACUGGGAGAAUGAGGAGGACAGGGUGUGGGAUGAUGGUUGGGAGGAUGUGGACGAAGAUGACGAUGACCUAGACUUGACUUUACUUCUGGAAAGGGAGAGACUACGUGAUCAAGGGAUCACCUAAAAAUGUACUUGCAACGCAGAUGUAUAAAGGCUCACCAGAUUGUACAGCGGCUCCAUUUGGGAAAGACAUCUGUCUGGAUAAGCACAAACCGAGUAAUUUCGCUUAGCUUCUUACCGAACAGUAGUAAGCCAGUAAUUUUGAUUCCAGUUCUUCAGCUGGCCUACUGCUGCACACGUCCCAUAUGGUGCUAGAGUAUUGCUCCUUUGAGCCGCACCAGGACUCACAUUAAGAUUCUGAAAGUAGCACUGUAAAUAAUUGCUCCAUAGGAUGGAUAAAGUUCACUUCGGACUUUGUGAUGAGUUGUGUAACGACGCGACUAUAU